AUGGCAAGCAAACAGCAGAGUGCGUGGGCGGCGUCACUUCCCAAUCGAUAAUAUCCACGAAAAUGUAUUUCAGGAGUGCCGAAACCGAGAAAGCCAGCAAAGAGCAAAGAACGGACGGUCGAGAAGGAGGCGAGUCAGAAGACGAUGAUGUGCGAGGAGCCGCAGCCGGCCGCCAACGAUCGCAAGCAGCAACGCAAACAGGUAAAAUUUUGGUCAAUUGUAGCAGAGCAGAUUCGAGAAGAUUCUCGGAAAUUAACGAUUCGCUUUAUUUUGAGUGCUUUUCGACAAGUUUGAAGACUGAUCUUUCUUCGAAAACGCUUGAUUCUAUGUUGUCGAAAAGUGCAAAAGCUCAGCCCAUUUCAGAUCGUGAAAUUCGUGCGUACGACGUUCUUGAAGGGUCCGCCGGGUCUGCGUCUUGAGUUCGCCUCAAUGAAGCGUUUCAACGAUUUCGAGAAGAUGAAGGCGUUCAAGGAGGCGCAGGAGCACGGCAAGAACCGCUACAAGGACGUCGGCUGCCUCGACAACAACCGCGUCAAACUGGGCGCUCCGUGGCCACACGAGUACAUUCACGCAAACUAUGUGGCGACGCCGACGAACGCGAAACGCUUCAUUUGUGCGCAGGCGCCGCUCGAGAAGACGUGCGCCGACUUCUGGUUUAUGUGUCUGCAGGAGCGCGUCGAGACCAUCUUCAUGCUGUGCAACAUGGUGGAGAAGGGCGCGAAAAAGUGCUUCCAGUACUAUCCGACCAAGGAAAAGGCGCUCGAGUUUGAGGAGAAGGGGCUGAAGAUUGUGGUGCAGCACGAGACGAGCAAUCGGCACAAGUUCGCGAGCAACACGGAGGCCAAGGUGCUGGAGACGGUGCUGGCGGUCGAGGGACCGAACGGGGCCACGCUCAAGACCACUCACUACCACUGGGUCGACUGGCCCGACCGCGGAGUCCCGCCGCCCGACAUGGCCAUUCUUGAGUUGCUCGGCAAGGCCAGAUCAUCCAAGUGAGAGUGUGCAAUACUCAUCAAAACCAUAGCAUUUGACUGCAGUCACUCUCUACCGCAAACCACGCGAAUUCAGUGCUUAAACGUGGGAUUGCGGUAGAGCGCGAUUGCAGUCAAAUGCCGUCAUAAUAGAAAAGCCCGAUUAUGCAUGGAAAUGUUCAAAUUUUACAAAAACUUGGCCUUUUCUGGCACUUUUUCGAAGAAUUUUCGUAUUUUCAGAUGCCCGAUCGUGGUGCACUGCUCGGCGGGCAUCGGCCGCACCGGCUCCGUCGUCAUGAUCGAGUACAUAAUGGACCAACUGCUCGCCGGACAGACUAUCGAGGAGAGCGACAAGAUUCUGCAGAAGAUCAGGGAUCAGCGCAACAAUUCCAUUCAGGUGGGUGGGACCAUCAGUUGAUCGAGGGACCAGGGACCAUAUUUCAGACGGAACACCAGUACCUGUUCGUGCACCAGGUCAUGCUGAACUUCUUCCGCGGAAAGGGUCUUUUCGACGACGAAGCCAUGAAAGCGCACGACACUUUCACCGAACAAUAUCAGAAAUUCGUCCUUUGA